AUGCACCCUCGCGUUCGCAAUGUGGAACGCCAAGAAACGUUUCGUACAAAUAGGCUUCGGCAUCAAAAAUUACGCCAGACAUGGAAGGGUACGGCGACAAUUAUUUGGAGCUGCCGCGAUCAAACAAUUGCAUGUUGUUUUAGUGCCCUAAAAGUGUUGAUUGACGGCGGAAGUGAUCCAAAUGGGGAAUUGACAAACCAGGCCGUACUUCUUUUUCAAAUGAAGGCCCCGGCUGCAAUUGUGAAUAUUAUUGAUGCGUUGGGGAUACCGAAGAAUGUUCCGGUGCAUAGAAUGAUUUACAACCUACCCUACAACUUGUUGCCCGAUUUUUACAGCCAGGCUUCAUCCACGGACAAAUGUUGGGCUAAAAAGCUGGGAAAAACGGUCGAAUACGAGAAUUUCUUGGUGAUGUCAAACAUUCGGUCGACGCGGAAGCGGCUCCACUACAAGCAGCGUGAAUUUCAAGAAGAAUAUGAGGCGCUGGAAAGAAUCAAAAAGCGGAAGUCUACUACACGAGCACAUCUUGAGGCUCAUCACACCGUAUUGGAAGCUACUUAUGAACAAUUAUCUGAUAUGGAAAAAGAAUGGUGGGAUCAUGUCGAUAAAUCGAUGUUGGAAGAAAAGACAAUACUCGAAUGGACCAUCGACCUCGAUGAAGCCGCUGCUUUUGUUUACAAAAUGGAUUGUAUUUCUCAAUGUUUAUCGAAUAAAAUUGAUGAUUUACCAUUUCUUAAAGAGCUUUGCGCCGGAGAAGGAACGAGCAAGAUGCCUUUUAGUCUAGUGGCUGAAAAUGUACUAGGAUUUACGGUGAAGAGCUAUACAUUGGUUGGAGCUCUUCAAUUAGACGCGAGACUUCAGAAAUACCCACCACGCGCUCUGAUGUUUUUGGCGUCCCUCUACACAAUUCUGCGAGAAGUGGUGGAUACUCUAGUAUGGGAGGGAAUACCUGCUGCCGAAAAGUUUCGCUCUGAAUUACGGCCUAAAGAGGAAGCACUUGUAAAAGGGAUGGGCUAUGUACAAGAAUUAGAACAACUUUUGAAGGGAGAGGAGCCGACGACUGUACUGAUGCGUAAAUUGUAUUUGGCGCUGAUGAAAGACACGGAUCUACAGCGACGCAUGACUUAUGCUCAUUUGUUCGCUUUUGAGGAGCAGCCCCGACAUGGAGUACUAGUCAGCUUCACGCAAGAAGACGACGAGCUCUUUGUACCAUGGGGUCCGCAUGGUCGCCCACCAUACAUCGACAAACCCCAUCAAUUCGUUUGCACAAUGGCAUGGCAAGAUAUGUACCUGAAUACUGUAGCCGAACCUACUAAAAGAAGGAACUCGAUCGAGGACACACUUGAGCAAUUGAUUUCUACAACAGAAGCCAGGAUGGAUGCUGAGACGCUAGAAAAUCUGCAGGCUGAGGAUUGUGCAGAGACGUCCGAUCAAUUGUCGGAAAUGCUGAGGGGAGUGGAUAAAGCGGUGAAAAAACCGUUACGAAAGGUGGUGGAAAUUGUCGAGCUUGGAGAUGAAGACGGGGGUGCUGUGCUUUCGAUUGUUACGGGAAAUACUCAAUUAGACAUCGAUUCAUCAAGCAGUGAACAAACUGAAGGAUCUCCGCGGGUUCGGCGAGCCAAUUUGUUGAACACGGGAGCAUGUGCUUUUUGUCUAGAUAAGCCACGUAGUAGUCGAGCCCCAGAUCCAACUUGUUGUUAUAAUGAUUGCCCGGUCGCUGCCAAUGGUUUCUCUUCUUGCAUUACAUUCCGUGAA